AUGGCGAGGCCAUACUCCCCCUCGUACAACGCGUACCCAUACACGCCCAAGGUGGCGGCGGCGCCGUCGCCGCCGACCUCGGCGCCCCGCCUUUCCAGCCACCCCUUCUUCGUUGACCAAACGCCCUACCUCUCCUCGUCGUGGCGCCUAAGUUCCAUGUCUCUACAAAGCCUCCAAUCCACUUCGUCUUCAGGCUCGCGCUACUCUCCCGGCUCUUCAAGCUCGACGCCGAGCUCGAGCUCGAUCUCGAGCCCCAGCACCGCACCCUCCCCCUCCCCUAUGUCGACAGCUCACCUCUGGUUCCGAAAAUACGAGCGACCACGCCACGCCCGUGCCGCCUCGAUCGACGCCGCCUCCUCCCCGUCCCCCACCCCCCUCGUAUCCGACCUGACGCCCAAAGCCGCGAGCCUACAUGCGCCUACGGCGCCCAUCGACCGCCGCUGUCUCCAGUGGAUGCGUGAGGCCGAGCAGCACGAACACGAGUGGAUCCUCGGUAGCGUCGCGUCGCGCUCGCGCGCCAGCGCCCGCGCCAUCCUCCCGGCCGACACCGGCAUUGACACCGCCGGCCCCGUCGAGGUCCUGCACGAACCUCGCGCGUGCGCACUCAAGCGCCGCUUCCGCCUCAACAGUACAUGA